UGCUCGGCUGCUCUGGUCUGUCGUGCUGAAGCUGUGAAAUCGCGCUGAUGGUCUGUCACAUUAUUUUCUCACUGACACCGUCUGAGCGCAGGCAGGAGCACCACGCCAAAAUAUCGGCUCAAAAAACACUCCGUAACACACAACUCCUCGUUGCUCCGGUGUUUCCUUGCGUGUCUCUGGCGUGUGAUCGGAGUGGAGGACGCGAGAGUGUGGGAAUAAUAUACGCCGAAAGGAAAUGCCAAUCGCCGCUACUGGUCAUUCAGCGUCUCGAGAGCCCCGCGUGUGUUCCCCGGACCCCGUCCCCAAGCGAGCUGAUUUAUGCGACGACGCCGGGGCUCGGCCAGCUGAAUACGGGGGUCCGGAAGGGGGGCACAGCUUGGGCGGCGCUAGGUUCUCUGGAGAGCACGAGAGCUCCUCCGCGGCGACUCUUUCCCCACCCACGUCUCCUUUCCACCACCACCACUACCAUCAUCCCCACCAUCACCCCCAUCCGGCGACUAUGGAGCCCCCCAGGACUCGAUCGCGAUCACGGUCUGGAUUUUACCACGGUGGAUUAUCUAACUCGAACGGUAACGCCGGGAGCGGCGGUGGUGCUUUGAGUCCUGCUGGAGGAAUAAACCACCACCAUCACUACCACCACCAUCAUCAUCAUCAACAACAACAACAGCAGCAGCAGCAGCAUGGAGCUGCCCACGGACACGCGGAAAACCUUCGCCCCACUGGGAGCGUGCUGUCACCGGGCGGCCACAGACACGCAGGGCCCGGGUCGCACAGAAACUCCGGAGCAGGUGCAAUGGGAGGACUAUACCACUAUCGUCCAGAGCAUGCGUGUGCAGAUGCCAAUGACAAGACGGACGACUCUCCCAGUCCGAAGAGACAGCGUCUUUCCCAGCAAUCUGUUUUGGAGUUUACCUCGGCCCCUCCAUCCACACCCUCUCCACCAAUCAGACCAUGGGAGCUUCCACCCAGUCGCAGGCCACACCCUUAUCCCCACCCACACUACCACCCCGAGCGCUGCCACACACCUGCACGGCACAGACGCAGUCCUCCAGUGAGGCGGCAGCGCGGCAGACGAGAGCGUUUAUCUCGGCAUCACCCCCCUCACGGUUCCCCCGGUGGGGGGCAGGACGAAAACUACCGUCACCCUCCUCACCCGCAUUCUCUUCAUCCAUACGGCCAGCCGCCAUCUCACCCUCCACCAGGCCUCGAUGAGCCCCGGGCCUUCCACCCCCCUACACUCUCGUCUCGGCUAUUGCACCCGCCGCAGCAGGGCGCCAUGAUGAUGGACCUCCAUGAACAGCUCCCUCAGGGUACUGUGCCGGUAUCGUAUACAGUAUCUCCAAUGCCGCCCCACGGUCUGCCGGCUCCUCUCUGUACGGGACAGCAUCUGCCAGCAUGCUCCUCUCAGCAGCAGGUGCCUGCAUGUUCGGUGGUCUUCAGUGGACAGCAACACUAUCCAAUCUGUAGUGUACCGCCUCCAAUGUUGCCGGCGUGUUCUGUGCAGCAUUUGCCCAUGCCAUACCCAUUUCCCUCCCUUCUCUCCAGCGAUCCAACCUUUCUCCUUCAUCCUCCUCAUCUCUCGCAUCACCCGCCCCACCUCGCUCCACCCGGACAGUUCUUACCCUUCCAGACGCAACAGUCCAGAUCUCCGCUGCAGAGAAUAGAGAAUGAAGUGGAGUUGUUAGGGGAACACCUGUCUGUAGGUGGAGGCUUUAACUACCCUCACUCAGGGCAUCCCAGCCCUCUGCCUCCUUCCACCCCGCUGCAGUUCCUCUCCCAUGAACCCCUGCCGCAGGAGCUGUUCAGCAUGCCGUAUCCCCACUUCAUGCCUCGGCGAAUCACGGGGCGACGCUACCGCUCUCAGCAGCCCGUCCCUCCACCUCCUUACCACCCAAGUUUGCUGCCCUACUUCCUAUCUGUUCUUCCAGUCCAGCCUACAGCAGUGGGUCCAACCAUUAGCUUGGAGUUGGAUGUAGAUGAUGGAGAGGUCGAGAAUUACGAGGCUCUGUUAAACCUAGCCGAGCGUCUCGGCGAAGCAAAGCCUAGAGGUCUGACCAAAGCUGAUAUUGAACAGCUGCCUUCCUACAGAUUCAACCCCAGCAACCAUCAGUCUGAGCAGACUUUGUGUGUGGUGUGCAUGUGUGAUUUUGAGUCCCGUCAGUUGUUAAGAGUACUGCCCUGUAAUCACGAAUUCCAUGCCAAGUGUGUCGAUAAAUGGCUCAAGGCUAACAGAACCUGUCCCAUAUGCCGAGCAGAUGCCUCUGAAGUCCAGCGGGAUUCUGAGUGAUGCCGUUCACAUACACGCACAUACGCACCACUAAACGCUUCGCUCAUUGUCCUACUGUUACUUUGUUAACUUCCACGUGCAUAACUACGACUCGCACAAAUACUGCUGCAAAAGAAUCAUGAACUUGUAUCAAAAUGUUUUUUAAUACUCUUUUAUUUUUAUUUUUUUUAGAAAACGUAGACACACACGUCCUUGUUUGUUUGAUCACUAAUUCUUUGUGUGGACGUCCAAAGAUUACGGUUUAUCAUUCUGGUUAUGUUCCGCUUCUGAUAUUGUGUUUUGGUUUCAAUAUAUAUAUCUGAAUAUAUAUACAUAUAGUUUUACCCUGUGAGGUUUGGGGUUAGUAUGUUGCAUUCGUGCGUGUGGGUGUGUGUAUGUGCAUUAACAUUCCCAGCUAUGUGAGCACACUUUGGUGUGGUGGUCUUUACGAAAGUUAAUAUCGUGAGCAUGGACUUUUAUAUUUUACCAACAAAUAUAGCUAUAUAUAAAUAUGUAUGUAUGUAACAAUAUAGAGGGACAAAUUACCACGUAAUUUUUUUUAAAAAACGAAAAAUUAUUAAAGUCUCCCCCUCCCCAAACAUGAAAAGAUUGCAAAAGAUUCAUUUGUGUAUACAUGAGAGGGGCUUUUGGGUGGGUCUCGCUCAAUUAUGAUUUAGCAGUCUGUAGAGAAUUGGAAUACUGUGAGGUGUGUGCGAAAGAGAGCGUGUGUGUAUGUGUGUAUUAGAGAGUUGUGUGUUAUUUAUCCCAUAUGUGUGGUACAGAACACUGGCUUGUUGCUUUCAUUUUUAUUCUCAUCUGUGAUUGGCUGAGGAUGCGCACUGACAUGAUUUGUGAUUGGUUUAGAGGGACAGUGAUCAUUUUUUUUCUCUGUCCAUCCACUCAGUUUAUCCUGUUACAGACUUUAUUUUUUUAGUUUGCUUUAGCCACCUGAUCUUUUUUCAGAUUUAUCUGCCACAUACAAAAAUCAGAAACAUUUCAUACGCUUAAUUGUCAAAAAAUAUCUUCACUUUGGGUUCUGUCAUCGCUUUGCUUGACUUGCUUAGUACACCAGCGUCAUUUAUUAAUAAUGGGUGGCUUCCUAAACACAAAAUAAAGCUCAGUCUUCGUCUUAAGUCAUGCAUUUUUUUAUAAUGAAGGCCAAGCUGAAGUUUUAUCUUUCACCCGCAGAUUUGUAAUUGAAUCUUGUAGCAAGGACCGCCCGCACAGCACAAGCAGAAAUAACUUUUUUUUUGGGUAAUUUUGUUUUUUAUGCCUUCAGGUUACACAAUCCAGGGCUGUGUGUGCUAUUUGAAAGGGUAUUAUAUUGUAGCAUUUCGGUUUCUUUGCAAGGGAGAAGCACAUGGACUGCUGAACAAAGAGGGCGAUGCACACAAACCCUUAACUAGAAAUCCGGAGGGAGAGAGAGUGUGCAUUUACAUUCUCGUCUUUCCCAUUCUUGCUUCCCUGAAACACUUUUGGAUCUUAAUUCUGUCGUUUUCCUCUAUGCAUUUAGCAAUUCUUUUCAAAACGGCCUUCCAGCACAUCCCUUCGUAAGUCCUUCAUAAACAUUCACAGCCACGUGCGUUACUUUAUAAUAAAUGACCGAGAUACGCAAUCAUGACCCAGAGGGGUGUUUGAGAAUGUGUGUGCGUGAUCAUUAUAUAAUCAUGCAUUACUAUCAUUAUGAAUGGUUAUAACUGCCACUGUGUCACAUUAUGUAGGAUCUGUGACGGGUGUAGAAAUGUCAUAGAGUUGUGUGGUGUAGUCUCAGAGCCUGCAUUGUCUUAAUGAGAGAUGCCUUUAAACCAUUCUCCAGUGUUGUCUGCUCUAGUGUCAUAAGUCGAAUUCAUAACCACAGCAGCGUUAUGAAUUAUUCUUCGCAAACAAAUGUGCAUUACAUUACUUAACCAUUGUCAUACUGUGUUAUAGGAGUUUUUUUCCCUGCUUGGUACAAUAGCAGUUACCUCAGUUUUACUAUUUAUGUUUUUCCCCUUAUUCUUUUGCGAAACCAGUAAGAGAGCUCAUGAGUUCCUAUGCUUUUUGUUUAUUGGUUGUUUUAAUUCUUACCAUUAAAAAAAAUACAAUUGUAUCAUUUAACAUGUUGUAGUUCAUAUGUAUAAUAUCUGUAACCAAAAUCAUUUGAAGGCUUGAUAUAAAAAUUUUUAACAAACA